AAAAAUAUAUACACAGGUGAACGUGAAACUGGAAAUCAGAGAAAUCUUGAACCAAAUAGCAGAUGAUAUAAAAUCAUGAUAAAAAGAGGUGCAUAUAUACAAAUGAUUCAUUCUUCAUGGAUUGAAAAAUGCUAGCUAGAACAUGUACGAAUAUGACUCUGGAUUCCUAAUUCUGUUGGAGGAACCAUAUGGCAUCUGAGGAUUAUUUUUGUAAAUACUGUGCACUGGAGUCACAAGGACUAGAAGAUCCAUUUGCCUAUCAGUUAGACUCGGAGAAAAAAAAUUACAGAGAGAUUUUUCCUGAACUUCUUCACCAAGAUUUCUAUUCCAAAUCUGAGUACAUUUGUUCAAAACAUCGCCAUGGAUCCGUGCACCAUUCAGGCUUUGUACAAAAAGCAGGUAAAAGUGGAAAUGUGAAUGUGUCAAAUUUUAAAUACAAUAUUGCUAAUCCUGUGGCAAGGGAAGAAAGAAAAAAAGUUGAAGAGAGGACAUUGCACAAACAUGGGGAAGUAAUUCCAAAACCUAGUACAUCAAAAGCACCAUCACCAGUUAUGGAUAUUGGUAAUGCAAAGUCACAGGGACCAUUAGUAAGGAGUUCUAGUAACAAGGGUCUAGGACGACCAGGUUCCUCACACCGUCAGUGCUGCUGCUGUUCUGAAUUCCAUCAUCAUACUUUCGAAUCUCCAGAAUUUUACAUUCCCAAGGAUGAUACUUGCUCAAAGUUGGAAGAAACUCUUUCAAAAAAUCACCAUGAAGUGGUAUUAGCAAAUGAAACAUUCCUUAACAUUAGCAAUGCAUUUUGGUAUCCUAGCUUGUGUCUUAAUCAGUUUUCUUCAGAAUUUUUAUACACAAACUUUGAGUCUUUAUGGCCAGAGGAGAGUGUGUUGCGCGACAUUUUACGGGACAGUAUUCAAAACACAGUCUUGCGAUCAGCAAUUCCUCAACUUACAAAGGUUGCUAUAGUGUGUGGACCAGUAGACAUGUUAAAAUCUCUCAUCUCUCUAUCUUUAGUUAGACUUGACACCUCUAUAGGAGAAGAAGCAGGACUCUUACAUUAUGCCUGUCUCUUCAAGAGGCUGGAUAUUAUAAGUUACUUAACCAGCUUAGGAAUCCACCCAAAACUCAAAGACAAAUAUGGAAAUUUUGCGGAUGCUCUGUGUUUUAGUUCCAAAGUGUACAAACAUCUUCCCAGCAAAUAUCAUCUAAGUCAUAUCAUGUGCCCCUCCCCUAAACUUCCCAGCGCUCAGGAUAGAAAUGUGAUCUUCACCCUGGCCAAGUCACCAGGGUCACUUUACCAGAUUCAGAGAAUGUUACAGAUGUUUGAGUUCAAUGUGAACACGGAAUGUGAUGAGACUGGAAACUUCCUGAUACACCUGGUCACUGAAACAGGACUAUGUCAGCUACCUCUUAUAUACAGUCUACGACAUAUACAGCAUGCUGACAUAGAGCUCUGUAACUCUGAUGGACUGACUCCACUAAUGAUAGCAGCCAUAGAGGGAGCCAAUAUACUCUGUGAUGUCCUUAUAUGUGUAUUUGGAGCAGAUCCCAAUAAAAGUAAUGUUCACAAUGGUCGUACAGCGUUACAUUACGCCACCCAGUACAAUCACGUCAGUGUUGUAGGAACUCUGAUCAAGAGGGGAGCUGAUUUCAACAAGGAUGAUUAUCAGGGGUUACGACCUGAUGACCUCAAUGUCAGUGUCUAUCACCAUGACGACUGUCAGGACAUCAUUACAUCACACAGGGCACAGAGAAUCAAACACCUCUCAGAAGUUAUACAGAGUGGGAUGCUUAAGAAAACAGAUUUGUGGGAGUCAGAUACCAAUGCCAUUGAUGAGAACAAUUUCACUCUUUUGAUGAUGGCAGCUAUUUUUAACAGACUUGAGAAUGUUAAAACCAUUCUGGAAGUUAGUAAAAACUCCAUUAAUGCUCAGUAUUAUCAGCUGAGUGAGGAGGCUGGCUCUGAAUACAUCACGGGGAUGACAGCUCUAAGUAUGGCUGCCAUGAAAGGAAAUGCUGAUGUAGUCCGUCUCCUUCUAUUAAAGGGAGCUAAUCCUGUGAUCUCAGACAUAAAUCAGUUGUUUCCCCUUCAUCAUGCAGUGUUGAACAACCAGCAGGAAGCAGUAAAAACAAUUCUGGAGUUCUUCCCAUCAUCCUACUGGGGGUUGUUCGAUGCCAUGAAAAUGAGCAAGAAGACAAACAUUCACAGUAUUAUAAAACAAGCCUGGCAGAGGAGACAAGAAGAGAUUGUGAGUCCAGGUCUGUUUGAGUCCUGUAUGUCAGGAAAGGCUGAGCAAUUAUACUGUUUAUUAGAGGAAGGGGAUAAUGUAGACCCAAAGAGUGGUGUAGGAAAUUGGCCCUUGUUUUUAGCUGUGGAAAAUGGACAUUUAGACAUUGUUAGACUUCUGUGUCAGAAAGGAGCGGACAUUCGUAAGCGAUACACCCCUACUGGAUCCACCCUCCUACACACAGCGGCUUUAAUGGGUCGUGUGGAGGUGAUGGACUACCUGUUAGAGCUGUGCCGCCCCCUGAAGAAGAGCAGUGAGGAGUACAAGUCUGGUUACUUCCACCGCGGACUGGACAUCAACGCAGUCAAUAAGGAAAAUAAAACAGUGCUCCAGGUCGCUGCUGAAAAAGGAUAUUUGAAGAUUGUUAAGUCCCUCCUCUUACAUGGAGCCACUACCUCCCUGUUGGAUGCCAAUGGCAGCCUUUUCUGUCUCUCUGAAUUCGGAGGAGUUUGGCAAGAAAUCAGUGACCACAGACAAAGACAUUCCAAUCAUAUCUUUAAUUUCAUUACUCAGGACUCCAAGAAAAACUUUGCAGCUCUCAUGAAAAUAUGGCUGCCUGGAUUUGACCACAAUCUGCGAGACAAGGCGGGGAAUACCCCGCUGAUGGUGGCUUGUCAGGUGGGAGUACAGGAAAUCAUUGCCUUCCUACUGCAAUCUGCUGUCUACCCACAAUCCUUGUUUGAAGAGGAUGAUGCCAUAUCUACUUAUGAUGACAAUGACUCGGGGGUCCAGGAAGCCAUCUCACCAUCAGCCAAUAAGAAACCUUAUGCUUCCUACACAGAUGAUGAUUUACUGAGAAGUUUUGAAUUCUCUCGUGAUUAUGGCCAUGAAACUUUUGUCCACAGACCAGACCAUGACUUGGCAUCAAGUCGCCUAGAAACACUAUUAAAUGAUGUGGAAAAGCCUAAAGGACUCUCGAUCAUUCAUGAUGGACUCGUAAGUCAUGUCUGUGCAGUAAAUCCCAGUACUGGUUGUACCGCUCUUCAUCUGACGAUGGAGAAGGGAGAUAACUCUAAGAUUGUCUCCCUUUUGUUGGAGGCUGAUCCCAGCUGUGUGAACAUCCAGGACAACAAGGGACUGAGUCCCCUCCAUUACGCCUGUAAACUGAAAAGGAAGAAAUGUGUGGAAGUCCUUCUGAGUGUGGAUGAGAUAGAUGUCAAUCUACUGUCACUGAAUGGAGGACUAGCAGAGGACAUGACCACUGAUAAAUCGAUCAUCAAACUAAUCCACCAUCACAGGAAGGGGCAACCUGUCAGACAAAGGGUAGAACCCAGAGGGACAGCCCCCUCAUCUGUCUCAGACUUCUGCCUCCGGUCAACACCCAGCACUCAAAUGGCUUCCAGUGUCAACUUUGAGAAAAUUCAGGGAAGAUUUGAAGCUUUGAAAAGGCAGAAAAAAGACUAGACAGCUGAGUUGAUUCUUUUAGAAUAUUUAUU